GCUACGCGUAUGUGUCAGACACUGUUCUAGCCCCUGAAGUUACAUUAGUGAACAAAGUGGGUAAAACUUACAGGUCUCGCCGAGUUAUGCAAGGUCAGGUGGGUCAUUUAAGUGUCCUGCGCCUCAGUUUCCUCACCUGUGAAGUGGGGACAGCAGUGACCUCUUUCCUGAGAGUUGUCAGGACUCACAGUGGCAGUGAGGGGAGGGGUGGAGGCAGACAGCCAGCAGCGGGCACUUCCCCAGCGGCCACUGAUGCUUGUCUCUCUGUCGUGUGUGUACGUGUGUGUUCCAUGGCCUGCCCUCUCAGGCUUUAAAAUGUGUGUCAGCAGCAGCAGCAGCCAUGAUGAGGCGCCCGUCCUGAGUGACAAGCAGCUGGAUGUGCCCAACAUCAUCAUCACCCCCCCGACCCCCACGGGCAUGAUGCUGCCAAGGGACUCCCGGCGGACAGUCUGGCUGGAUGAGAUGGGGUCAUGUCCGGAAGAUGGAGAAAUAGACCCUGAAGCCUGAGGAGGAGGCGCAGGUCGGGGAUUUGUCAGCACCGGCUCCUGCACUGGCCAUCCCUCGUUCCAUGUGUCCCCAGGAGGGCGUAGCUGCCUGGGACAGAUGUUCUGAGUAUGCUGGAUAGGAAAAUGGAGUGAUUCCGACACUUAACCAGAAGAGGUGUGGCCAAAUGAGCAAGGAAUCAGCCCUGCACGCUUCCAGAACGAAGUUUCCCUGGCCCCAUUGAGUGGACCGGACCUCUAACGCCUGCACGUUAUUGCUGAGCCCAGGGUCAUGGUGACGGCCGUCGGGGUGCCAGGGAGAAGCUUUCAUCUGGACACACCCCA